AUGGAAGUGGAUAAUCAAUACAAGGACGAGUUAAUUUCAGAUAAGCCACCACCACCACCAACAGCAAUUGAUGCCUAUGGUAAUCCAGUUACUAUAUCCGAUAAUAAAACUCAAAAUACCUCAGCUUUAGAUCAAUUUGAACACUUCGAUGAUUUAGAUAUGCAACAAUACGAUGUUGAUAUUCCUAAGAGACAAGGCUUUCUCCCAACACUAUUCAAUCUUAUGAACUCCUUACUUGGAGCCGGCAUUUUAUCGGUUCCUAACACAUUCGUUGAUUCUGGUACAAUAGUUUCAAUAUUUUUGCUUGUAUUCAUUGCAGCCUUAUCAUUUUAUGCAACGUAUAUUGUUAUUUCGCUUCAACAAAGUACUCGUGCAGAAAGUUUCGCAGAUUUAGCCGAGAAAAUACUAGGACACAAAUGGACGAUUGCACUCUCGAUAUUAACAUUGUUGUUUUUGAUCUCUAUUCUACUUGCAUAUAUCAUGAUUGCAGGAGACAUCUUAAUUUCAUGGUUCAAGCUUGCAAAAGUCUAUGCAGUAGAAAAAUUUGGUUAUCGUGCCAUUCUCAUGUUUAUUUAUGCCAUGAGUAUCCCAAUUGCUCUGACUAUCCCUAGAGACAUCUCAUUCCUCAAAUUUUUCUCAGGUGCAAACGUUGCAUUCGUUACAUUCUUUGUUGUUGUCGUCGUAUACAAGUCAGUUAUGAAUCUUUCGAAAUCAAAGAAGAUUAAUGCAACCGUUAAACACUUUAAAGUAGAUAUGGACUUGUUUAACUCAUUAUCUAUAUACGCUCUUACAUUUGCAUUACCUUGCGUUGUGCUUCCUGUUGUAGCUCCUUACGAACCUUUAGUUAAAAAGAGAAGUGUUGCUUCUUUAUCAGCAAUCUCUUUAGUUCUUGCUAUGGCCCUUGUUUCCUCUCUUUUCUGCUACUUUGAUAUGGGAAAUAUCAUACAAGGAAACGUAUUAAAUACAUAUGGUGAUGGAGAAAUCAUCAUUAUCAUUACAAGAGGUGUGUUCUUCUUUGUUGUAUCAUUUGCUUAUCCUCUUAUCUCUCAAUCAACACUUUCUAUGCUGUCAACAUUAAUAUUCAAUCAAGCAUCACAUGCAACACUCGAUAACAAGCAGAGAUUAGCUGUUCUUGCUAUAAAUAAUGGUAUUCCAUUGGUUAUCGCUAUGCUUGUAAAGAAUAUUAAACCAAUUCUUGGAAUCGGUGGUGCAAUUGGUGGUUGCUUGGCCAAUUUCUCAUUCCCAGCAUUAAUGUACCUCAAAUAUACAGAUCUUAAGCUAUACCAUUGGAAGAAUAUUUGCGCAAUUUUGUUUGGAUUGUUUGGAGUUGGAUGCUGCAUUCUUUCUACAUAUAUAGCUGUUCAGAACGCUAUUAAAGCGUUUUCUAAGUAA